UGUGAAUUUUGUUUUUUUUUCUCGGACUUGUUUCACUCAGCUGCUGGUGAAGGCGAACUGAAUUCCGGUGUGAGUCGUCACUGAACAGGCGGAGCAGCUCCGUUUCUUUGUUCUGCUAUACUUUUCAUAUCAGUAAUAUUUUUUCAUACAUUUUGUGUAGAUGUCAACACUUCAGUUCGCUAACAUGACAGACAUAUUUGGGGGAGCGCGGAUGGAGGUCUGCAAAGAAUCCCUGGAUGGGAAAAGACACACCAGCGAGCACUCUUCGUGCAGUGUGCCAGAAUAUAAUGACUUGGAAGCUGCUGAAGCUUUGGUCUGCAUGAGCUUCUGGAGGCAGAUGUCUCCAAAACCCAACGCCUUCAAACCUCGCCCUCUCACACCAGCAUCGGACUCCUGCGAUUCUGUUUUGCAACCGGAACCUCCGGAGACCCCAAAGGACUUUGUCUCGCUCUCCUCACUGUGCAUGACACCACCACACAGCCCCAGUUUUACAGAGACCUCCAACACUUCAGUUGUGCCCGGAUUCCCAUCCCCACUAGCCCAACCGUGUCUCAACCUCCCCAGCGCAAGAUCUGCUUGUCCCACCAUGGCUUCCAUCAAUCAGAUUGCUUCUUCAGGACAGUCCACAGAGAAGACCACACCCCCAUUCUGCAGAGCCUUGGCAACCAGCGUAAUACGGCACACGGCUGACAGCUCACUCUAUCAAAACAUUCCACAAGCGGUGUACCCAUCAAAGACUGAUAAAAAGCUGCCUGAGGUUCCUUCACAAAGCGCUUUACCCCCGACAGUAAACACAACAGAAAUCACAUGCCAUAAAAACAGCUCAACCCCCAAAAGAGAUGAUAAGCCCUCCUUUAUAUUAUCUCCUCAGUCACCACCCCCGACACCUAGUCCACCAAUCAUAUGCCAGAUGUUCCCAAUGGCACAACCAGGAGUCAUCUCAGCCACAUUUAUUCAGGGCCCAGCUCAGAAGCACAGUCCUGGGGUGAAGUCUAUCUUACCACAGCCUCUCUUGAUGGGUUCUUCAGUGCCUCAGGGGACAGUGAUGUUUGUGAUGCCUCAAUCACCAGUGUCUUCUUCUCCACAUUGUCCACACACUGUUAUGACCCUGGGAAACACCAAACUACUGCCUCUGGCUCCAGCACCUGUCUACGUGCCCUCAAGUCAGAGCACUGUCAUACAGGGCGACUUUUCACGCAGACGCAACUAUGUCUGCAAUUUUCCAGGCUGUCGGAAGACGUAUUUCAAGAGUUCUCACCUAAAGGCACAUCUGAGAACACACACAGGGGAGAAACCUUUCAGUUGUAACUGGGAAGGGUGCGAUAAGAAAUUUGCUCGCUCUGAUGAGCUCUCCCGGCACCGGCGGACGCACACGGGCGAAAAGAAGUUUGUCUGCCCGGUGUGUGAGCGAAGGUUUAUGCGCAGCGAUCACCUCACCAAGCACGCACGCCGGCACAUGACCACCAAAAAGAUCCCUUCCUGGCAAGCGGAGGUUCGGAAUAUUAACAAGAUCACCACAGCUAAAGCCUUGCCCCAUGGCACAGCACUGCCAGUCAGCAUGUUGCUUCCGGCCUCAAACUAAAUAAGACUGAACUGUUACUGACAAUAUGUAGGGACAAACUAUAUGGGGGCAUGAAUUCUGAUUCUCUCAUGGGCAAAAACAUAAAUAUGCACUGGACUUCUCUUUACUUCGCUGCUUUUAUUUCGCGCUCUACAACAGAGCAUUUUGUUUACUAUUGUGAAAAAGAUUAAUGCACUCUUUUGCCAAAGCCUUUGUACUAUGUUUGUCUUAAAAGAAAUCAUUUUUCUUCGUUUUUACAUUUAUAUGUACAUAUAUAGGGGAAAUGUAUGAUGUAUGGUACACUGCAUAAAGAAAAAGGAAAACCAGUAUGUAAAAAUGUAAAUGUGAUUAAUUAUCUACACUGUGAUUAUCAUAUGAUACUCUUUUAUUUAAUACUCUUUUUUUAAUAAACAAUGAAGAAUA